GGUCAAGAGCGCUCACUUAAAGCACAAUGAAAUGGCAUAAGAUGCCCUAGCAUUUUUACCCUGCGGCCAAAAGGAUAUGGAUAUGGACCCCUCGUCUCCGGUGUUGUUAGUAGAUGCUUCUUGCAGCGUCUCUGACGAGGAUUCAGAAGUGAAAUCUCAGGGGAACUAUUGCUCAUCUCAGACAGAUACAUGGAGAGUGGAACGCCCACUGGGCAACAGUGAAUUAUCUUACUUUCUUCCGUCUCGCGCGAGUGGUGUAAAUGACAUGUACCUUCACUUGGGCUUCGUUGCUCCAGAGUACGUUGUUCGUCGGGCCCGUGUUCGCAUGGUCUGGGCAAUCCUUCGUAUUCGUCACCCUCUCUUGGCUUCGAAGGUCGUCAUGCACGAUUAUGACGACGUCAGAUUUGUGUUUACCCCUCCGCAAUCUCCGGAAGAUGCUUUGGUUGAUGCGGACCGCAAUUUGGAAUACAGAAUUUCGACCAAGGAUGAACUCAUUGAUUCAUAUUUGAACGGAGAACGAACAUUGUCGAACGACCGAGUGUCCUAUCUUGUCGUGUCUCAAGGAGGCACAUCUUUACCUAGCCCUCCUCUGACGCCCCGCUCUACGUCAUCGUUCGACGAACACGAAUCUCCGUCGUACAAUCAUGACCUCAUGAUUUGUGCCGCUCACUUUUUGGGGGAUGGUAUGGCACUGCACCAAUUUGCAAACGACCUUUUUGGACUGCUCGGCAGUGACAAGACUAUUUCUGACCUCGAAGCUCAGCUGAAGGAAGAGCUCGGGUCUCGAUGGGGCGGCGACCCUACCUCAACUGCCGCGUUACCGAAUGCCUUGGAAGACAACUUCACCGUUAACCACAGUAAACUGCGCCACGCGGUUGAAAAGGUUGAUUUCCAAUUGAGUCAACAAAAACUUGUGGGCGGACAUACAUUCCGUCGACAGGCAAAGCAACCCAGACAUACCAUUGUCCCUACCGUUUCUUAUGAUCCUGAGCGAACAACAAGCAUUCUGAAAAAAUGCAAAGCGCAUGGUGUUUCCAUCUCCGCAGCUCUAUUUGCCAUUUGUAACAUUGCUUGGGCAAAGAUGUGCUCUGAGAAACCAGACUUGUCAAUGAUGAUGUACUCUGCCUUAAACCUGCGUCCAUAUUUUACGGCUAAACCAGCAAACGAUUCGUACUGGUUUCUUGCGGUCGGCUAUUUCAACGUGAUCCUUCCAACAUUCAUACCUCGGUCGAUCGACAUAUCCUCGCUAUUCUGGCAUCGGGCUCGGGUUGCAAAGGAGCAGAGCACCCGGGCUGCCAGGAACCGGAUGAUCGUGUCGCGUAGUCUCUUGAUGGCUGAAGAGAGGGGGCAACGGGCUCGUCUUUGGGCCAAAGAAGACGAUGAAAGGGAACGUGGCACUUUUGUCCCUGCUCCUGCUCCUGUUCCAACCGCAGACACCGCACUACGCACUCCAUCUGCUGCAUUGAUUGGCCUAUCGCUUCUAGGAAACCUCGAUGGAAUAUAUAAACAUGGAACAUUUCCUGCUAUCAAGCUCCACACGCUGACGACAGGUUCACGACAGCGAUCUGGAGGCAUGCUGCUAUUUGGGUAUACGUUCGCCGGCAAGUUGUGGAUCAGCCUCGGAUAUGAUGUUAAUGGCUUCGAGAAGGUAAUGGUGGAGCAAUUCUGGGAGAACGUGCUACAGACAAUGGACGAAUUACUUAUGAAGUGACACCAACAGUCGCAUCAUGGUAGAGGCGAAGGCGAACCGAACUGUGAGAACCAAGUACGUACCCCAAGAACUACAUACCAGAUAUUUUCUCUUUAAAAAAUGUGUCGUGAUAGUUAUUUUCAUACUGACAAUUAUCUUGUAUCUAUAUGUGAUAUAUACUUCAUUAUCUUAUCUUAUCCUUUAUUGUAAAUGAGUGAACUUCCGG